CACAAGCCCAUGACAGAGCAUUGAUAUCAAAAAUCAUGUGUAUCGAGCAAAGAGAGCACUAGAGCUCUCAAAAUUGGAUCAAGAAAACUUGAGACUCAAAAUUAAAGAACAUGACAGGGAAAGUACCUUUUUCUUUCGCUCGUUUGAAGAUUCUGAAACGCACCAUCAAUCAUCAGAAGAAGUACCUAAAGAGGAAAACACCAAAGGGUUUCAAUGGAGGUGAUGAUGACUGGUGUGAGGUUUUAGGAUCUCACAAGCAAAGCUCUCAAAGUUUCCUGUAUGUACACCAAACACAAUGGAACAAUAUAACUCUCAUUGAUGCAAUGUAUAAAACCACACGUUACGACUUGGCCUUAUUUUUUAUUUGUGUCAAAACGAAUGUAGGGUACAGUGUGGUUGGUGAGUUUAUUACUCAGUCUGAAACGGCUCAACAUGCCUUACAACUGUGGAAUCCUAAGUGGAACCCCAAAUUUUUCAUGACCGAUUAUUCGGAGGCUGAACUUCUGGCUCUUAAACAGACUUUUCCAGGUGUACAAAUAUAUUUAGAUUUUCAUUGCGAACAAGCAUGGGAGAGGUGGACAAAUAAUCACAAACAUGGUCUCAGUAAUGAUGAAAAGGAAUGUCUUCUAUCUAUCUAUGGGCCAUGCCGCUGUAAACACCAACAAUGGGGUUGCGCAAUGAACAAAACAUUGAAAUACAACUAUUUACCAAAGGGAAAAAAUACAACGCUAUCACAUCUAGUAACAAUUUUGGUAGAAGAGUUUUUGCCCAGUAUGCUACAGAAGUAUCAGAAAGAUAACUUUGCUAUGUCAGAUUCGUACAACGAGUUUGUUCCUGAGUAUUUGAGAGGCCGGCCUAGGUCAGUAAUUCUGCACUGUUUGACCCGAAUCAGAAAAGCUGAAAAAUUCCCUAAAGCAUCAAUUGAACAAAAUGGUACGAAAGGUGGUACGAAAGGUCAAUUCACAGUUAAGACUACCUCGGGAAAGCAACAUACACUUGAGUUCACAAACGACGAAAACAUGCCACAGUGCUCUUGAGAUGCCGGGCUGCCCCCUCCCCUUCCAAACAGGUGCACGGUGACGGGUAACCCUGGUCAUA